AUGUUGACGACUCGAUCUCCCGUACUCUUCAUCUUCGCCGUGUUCCUGUCCCUGGGGAUCUGCUACGUCUACUACAAGUCUCCGACUCUCCAAUGCGGACCGAAGGCGAAAGUCAAACUGAGCCCUCAGUGCCGGCAAAUCUUGACGAGCAUUGCCAGCGACCCUCCGCCAAAGACGUUCAACGAGCAGUUGGUGGUGGAGACGAUUCUGAAGGUUCGCGAUUGUCCCUGGCUCGAGAACCGCACCGAGAUCGACGCCUUCCGGUCGACUCACACGAACGCAACGGGAGGAGCGAGCCAGGUGGUGAUCACGCAAAGCAACUCGCCCAUCAACACGAGCAUCGUCUUCAACCAGAGGAGGAAGACGCUCGUGGUGGACGCUAAAGUCAUGGAUCUCUUCCUCAAGGAGUUCCCCGAGCGGAGUGGGCGCUACCCUCGCUGCGCUGUCGUGGGGAACGGAGGGAUCCUCACCAACAGCUCCUGCGGCUCCCAGAUCGACGCAGCUGACUUUGUGAUCCGAUGCAACAUCCCUCCCGUGGGGGGCGACUUCCAGGACGAUGUGGGAAGCAAAACGGACAUCGUCACCUCCAACCCGAGCAUCUUCAUCAAUCGAUUCGAGUCCCUGAUCGGGAGAAGAAAGGAGUUCAUCAGGAAGAUGUCUUCGUACGGCGCCAGCAUCCUUCUCAUCCCCGCCUUCACCGUGUCUGCAUUCACGUCGCUCGCAUACAGGGCCAUAUUUACCCUGGAAGACUUUGAGUCCCAGCAGCGCGUGGCCUUCUUCAACCCCUCCUACAUGAGGGCCAUCUCCCGCUUCUGGAUGGAACGCGGCGUCAAGGAGUCGCACCUCACCUCGGGCCUCAUUAUGACGAGUGUGGCCAUGGAUCUAUGCAACGAGGUGCACGUCUAUGGCUUCUGGCCGUUCGUGCACGACCUGCCCACCCCGGCGCAGCUGGGCCGCCAGCUGCCCCACCACUACUACGAUGACCAGCAGCCCAAGUCGGGGCACUACAUGCCCAGCGAGUUCGCGGAACUGCUGAGGCUGCACAGCCGCGGGGUGCUCCGCCUGCACGUGAACGCGUGCAGGGGGCAGUGA